UAAAUAUCGUCAUUGUCGUUUAUUGACCAUAGGCAUAUUAAUAUGUCUUUGUUUAUUACGAAUAUUAUACAACAAUAACAAAUAUUAUGUACAAACUAAAGCCGACAGAAAAAGCGAUCGCCAAACACUGUUCCGAAUAACAUGUCCAAAGGCGACGGUGUUUUUCGACGGGAGUCGGGCGUCGUAUGGUUGUACCGUACGCGUCGCCGUCGUUCGGUCGUCCGGUCGUCCAUGAUAAAACAAAUCUGUUUUAUUAUCAUGUGGUUGUCUUCGCGACAGUCUUAAGCUCUUAAAGUUUUGUUUUCUCUAAAAACGAUUUUCGACAGCAAGUGGCAACGGUAAAUGACGAAGAUACAACGGUAUUUUUGCGUAGCACUUACGAAAUAACACGCAAUAUACGACUUAUACUUUCACACCGACGCCCGAUCAUAGUAUCUCUAUUCUCAAUCGGUAAUCUGUAUUAUCACGAUCCGCGGUGCUCGAAUUUCGGCCGCUGUGAACGGAAAUUUUUCAUCAUUGAUAACAGAUCGUUAGUCGCUACCCGAAUCCCGCAGUCCGUGAGUCCGUCUUGUCUGACGUCUCCGAAAAUGUGUUGAACCGAGACGUAGUAGUUGGCAUUUUGAGCAGGAGCAGCUGGACCCGAAUCAGCUAGAAGCCCUGACUUUGUUCGAAGAUCGCGAUGGCGGACAGUGAUACCGAUGACAUCCUGUCCGAGGGCUUUCUGGAACCUGGUGAACUAUUGGAUAGCGACGACGAACAGCCGAUCGACAACAGUACGUCAGCGCGGACCAGUCAGCCAAUAACACAACUAAACAGACCUAAACUGAACAGAAAUACGUUCCAAGCAGCCGCUGCGUCUAAUUCGGAUCAACAACCCACACAUUAUUCGUCAGGCAUCACGGAUAAACAAGUCCAGUAUAUUCUUAACAGUCUUGGCAUGAACAAAAACAACAAAGACAUUCAGUUGAACGCUUUACAUUUGCACGGAGUCAUGGGAAUGACCACUAAAGAUAUUAUUGAAUACUUCGAUCAAUACGAUCCUAAAUUUUUGGAAUGGGUAUCAAAUUCUGAAUGCAAUGUUGUAUGGUUGGACGAUCGAAUGCCUACUAAGGCAUUAUUAGACUUGACUCGUCCAAUACGUGAACUAAAGCAUAUUACGUCUGCAGUCAAUGAACAUGGAGCUUUAAAUGAAAAUCAAAAUGAUGACCACAUGGAUCAAGAUGAUGUAUUAGUAUCAGAAGAUUAUGUUAGCUGUGUAGGUUAUGAGUUGCCCCCAGGUAUGUGGAGAAAAGCGAUUAAACCACAUGAAAAAUCUAAGUGCAUAUUGAUGAGAUACAGUACUAUAUAUGACAAGCAAGAUGUAAAGAACAAUAGUAUCGAUGUAGAAGACGGAGAUUAUGAAUUAUUUUCUCCUGAAAGUCGUAAACGGAAGUAUAUACCAGUUAUCAAUCACCCCGAUAUCGGUGAUGAAAUGUUAAAAGAUGAUGUACGGUGGAAAUUGGCCAAGAAUCCAGGAAUUAACACUUGGACUGCUAUAGCCAAAACUUGGAGCCAAUAUGACAAUGCCAUGGAUGCUAAAUACAAAUCCAAAGUACGCACUCCAUCGCCUCCACCACCAACAUCAUCAUCAGGUGCAGCCAGUGAAGAUGAUGAUGAUGAUUAUAAUGAUGCAAGGUACAGAGAAAGUAAAAUACCAAGAAUGCGUAUGUAUGCAGAUGAUGAAACACAAGCUAUUACAAGGAAACGUCUGAAUUCAGCUUCAAAUUCAAGACAUCAAGUAAAUAUAGCCAACGACUUGCGGGAACGCCUUAAUGGACGUUUGGUGUCUGCUAAAGUAGCCAAAGCAAUUCGUGCUGCAAAAGCGCAUCAGUAUAUUGAUGAUGAGUCGCUUGAAGUAGAUAUUGAAGAUGUUAAUGACGAGGAAUACACUGAUAUUCCAUUUAGCCGUGCAACUCGUCGUGAUAUUCCACGCCGCCAAUAUUUACAUGAAGAUGAUGGUGAUUACACGAGUGAUGAAGAUGUGUAUGAAAAGAGACACAUAAAGAGUAGACUAGGGCCCCAUAGAAAACAUGGUCACCGUUAUAACGCACGUUCUGUGUCUCCGCUCCAGAUACAAAUUAAUAAUGAUAAAUAUUAUAAGCGUACAACUCGACGUUAACAAAUAUUGAAAAAAAAAAUCUUUUUGGUUUUCAUACAUUUUUUAAUGAUGCAUUUUACAAAUGGUUCAUUAUAAAUUCUUUACUUAUGCAACAAUUUAUUUUUCUAUUUUAUUGUUGUGAAAAAAUAAAACACAAUCAAUUAUUGUGUAAUUAUAUGUA